AUGAGCGGCGAGAACGCCGAGGUCGGAGUGUCUUCAGACAAAACAAUCGAGUGUGUUUCAUUCUAUUAUGAAGAGGGGAAAGGUGGUGAGAACUACCGGAAAAAGAAUAAAUUUAGAUGUCAUGUACCAAGUAAAGAAAGGAGCCUUGCGAAGCUACGAGAAUUAAUAUCGUGAGUUUACAGAUUUGCCAGCUUUUAUACUUGUUAACUUUAUUAUUUGACUUGGCCAAACAGACCAGAAUAGGCCUAGGCCGCCUAGAAUUGGCCAUAUUAAUCAGCUAUAUAUCAGAGAUAAUUAUGCAUUAAACUAUUAUUUGCUGUCUUAAAAGGCUACAAGUUUACUAUACAGCCUAUGUAUUGUAUUACUUAAUAAAUACUAGCAGUAUGACAGGUGGGUGGGGGUGGUAGGGGGUCAUAUGGUUUUCAUCGAUAUAUCUGAUAUGUUAUGGGCCAUUAUAUGCUGUGAAAGCAAUCUGUGAGUUGAUUUCCUGGCAUUGGAUUGGUACACAGUCUUUUCAUCUUACUGAUUUUGGUGCUGAUGGGCCCUAAUGACUAAUGUCUUAAUUAUGGCUAUUAUGAGCAUUAUGGUAUGUCACAAAGUUACCCAACUUGUAAAAUGGCUUCAAUGCAAAAUUUAUACUUUAUAAAAAGCUGUAACUUCAAGUUAAAAACACUUUUUAUACAUAUUAUAUACAUAAUGCAUUGUCAAAUGUAGCACUGUAAAAGUUCACAUUCAGUGUUGCUGUGUUGGGUCAUUUAAGCUUGUGUGGAAGGUGGUGAUAGCUAUUUAUUCUGUGCCCCAUUCUGGUUUGUAUACUAUCAUGAGCUACCUUCCACUAAAAUCGCCAUACUCCCCCUCCCCUAGCCCCCUUAGCAUCAUACAUGAAAUAAAUCUGUUGUUGGAAUAAAUAGUUGCUUUUACAUUAUACAAAAUGUAAGCAGUUUCUGUAUAUACAUGCUGGAUAAUAGCCACAAUGAUAGCCAGAAGGGUCUAUUUCAAUAAAUUGUGGUGCCAUCUAACUUUUUUUUCUUAAAUGAACGUUCUGGUGUUAGGCAGACAGCAAAAUCGCUUGGUUUAGGUGAAAAUGUACAAGUACAGUUGAAUAGGUAAGUUAUGCUGAAAUUAGCAUUAAAGCCAUUAAAAUUUUCAAUUGUCAGAAGUGAAAAGUAUACUUAUUUUCUCUAUUUUUCUAAACAGAGAAUCAAAACAGGAUGGCAGAACGGAACGGUACACCAUUGAAACCGAUCAUCAACUGGCAUUAGAACUUCCACCUAUUGUACAUGGUGAUGACAAACUUCAACGUGAGUGACUGCAAUUUUCUCAGACAUUAACCUUCUGGGGAUUUAGUUGAGAUUGGGAUUGAGAUAUGGUAUAUUUAGCUAUUUAGAAAAAUUGUAUAUUUAUAGAGAAAUGUGUUACUUAAUUGUGCUAAGUUUAUUUAUUUCUGCUUUCAGUCAUAGUGUAUCCCAUAAAAACUGCAUUUUCAAAGAGAUGUCCAACUAUUGUGAUCAAAGAUAGCUGCUCGAAGACAUUGACACCAACGCCGCCAAAGCAGAUGGGAAUAGAGGAGCUCACUGAAGACAAAAAAAGCAGACUAAAUGACGGUAUAACUAACUGCUAACGUAUACAUACUCUUAAUAAAGGACUUAGGGACAAUGCUUGGCGCUGUCAGGAUGGUCUGGAGUACAUUGUAUUACACCGUAGAAAAACAUUUCAUAUAUAACACUUUUUGUUUGUGGAAACAACACGUAAAUUUAUUACUGCAAAGCUUUCGAUUUUUGCAGUAAUAAAUUUACGUGGUGUUUCCACAAACAAAAAGUGUUAUAUAUUUUAUCGCCAUGCAAUCAUACAAAGAACUUGUUACAUUUCAUAUGUUUUUAGAAUUGGUAAAGAGGUCCGAGAGUAAGCUAAAAAGAUGUGAUGAGCAUGCAGAAAUACAAACGAGAGGGAAAAAAGGAAAGAUUGUGAAGUGGCCAUGGAAAAUAUGCUGUGGGAUUUGUAAAAGGAGUAUUCUUUUGAGAUACGACAGUAACGUGAAGGGGCGAAUUUCGUUUUUUGACCGACGUAAGUUCAUAUAUAGGAAAAAUAGACUAUAUAUAAUACUACUAAUAAUAACAAUAAAUAAAUAUAUAAAAACCGAAAGAAAUUGGGUUACACCACCAGCGAUACCUUACAAGCCUUUGCCAGCUAAUCAUAACAAUACCGAAAUAUUAAAAUAUCACUUUACGACUUUAAUAACUACAAAAUGUAACGACUGUCUUGACGUUUCUGUGCAGAUCAUUACACAAAGUGCAGUAGUAAAAGCCAUAAAGCAACAAAGAAAACUGGGAGUAACAAAAAGAUAACAGACAUGUUGGGGGUGAAACGAAAGUCACAGAAUGAGGACGAACUCGCAGCAAGGAAAUCGAGGGUGCCAAGGGAAGAAGACAUUGAUUCAGACCUUGACCUAUCUGACUGUAAAAAGUAAAUAACGUUUUUCGACUUUAUAAAUAGACAUAAUUGUUGUAUUAUACUUAGUUCACAUUUGAAAACUUGCAGAGGAACAUAUCGAUCAAAGUUAUAUGUAGUAAGUUUUUAAGGAGAAAUAAAUUUUAGUAGUUCUAUUUGGAUAGAUUCUGUAUCUUUUUAGAAAUUUCAAAAAAAAUUCUUAAACUCGUGCCCCUCAGUGGCAUAGACACAUUCUUGCAUGAUAUCAUGUCCUAUCUAUCCUAUAUAUAUAAAUAUAUACUGGCUUAUAGGCCCUUAUAGGGGCCCUUAUACUUUUAUUAUUACUAUACUAUAGAAUGUAUUACUCCAGCGGAGCUGAAAACCACUUUUCCAACGAUGCUGAAGCCAAUGACAGCUCGACGGAUGAUGAGAAUCUUGAUAGCUCAGACCAAGAAAAUACGGUUGAGGCCUGUUCGUGUAGCCCAGGUGAAGAGGAAGUGGUAUCGGAUGACGGCAUAGAUGCAGAUGACCUGUUCACAGUGUACGUUGGAAUUGAAGAAGCUGACCCGGUAUGCAUUAAAAUCCAAGAUCUUCUUCGGAGAGGAAAGAUAUCGAAAGAUAGAAUUUUCUACAAGUACCUAAAUGAUGUGCUGGAGGUCAUGUACAAUCCCUUUCAUCCUUAUGAUGAAGAGGUUGUAGAGUUUUUUAAUACUAUCACUUACCUGGGUGGUCGACGCACAACAUGUUUUAUCAGAGGGCCAAUGAACUUGGGCGAUGGCCGAAAUAGCCAUGUAAAUUUGUCAGAAAAGAAGAUGAAUCUUGGAGGCCCAUCAGAAUCUGUAUGUGCAAAAUACCAAACAGGGUAUACGCCGGAGUCAGGAGUAAUUAAACCGUUAUCUUUAGGCCAUAUGACACUGUUAAAGAACUCUCAAGCUAAACCUUUGAUACAAACGCCUAACCUAACCGUGAUUCCAUGUGCCUUUGGUAAUGAUGGGACGGCUUUAAAACCAGCCAUUGAGUUUGAUUCAAGAUUAAAAGAGAACAUUGGUCUAACAACCCCUGUUGAUCUUCGUUACGUGCAAAAAAACCCGUCCCCGUCACCCGAUUUUCUUAAGGAAAAUAUUGUGACAGAAGCACUCGUUUCCUCUCUGACAUUACUGGAUAACUUUUGUUCUCUUCCUGUGGCAGUCGAUUACACCCCACAAGCUGGUAAAACGGGUCCGCAUAUGGCAGAACUUUUCCAGGAACACAUCAAGACUCUACAAGCAUGCGAGUCCUGCCAGAAAAAGACGCCUAGUAGACGUCAUAUUACCUCCUCACACGAAUCCAUGUGUAGCAGCUUCUGUGAAGAAUGCUACGAGUCAGAAAAUGUCUGUGACAAAUGCAAAUCAUUAGGACAGGUCAGUCACAUGCCCUCCUUGCGUUUCUGCGAUUAUUGUCAAGGUAGAAAUACAGUCUGUUUUCAACGAGUUGUUCUGGUAGUAUGCAGUGACUGUGAAAGUGGAAACAAAAGCGCUUUCGAAACGCUUCAAGAGAAAUUAGAAUCAGGCACGAUAGACCCUGAAUUAGCUGUUUUGUCUAUUCUACCUGAUUGCCCGCAUGUUGGUAAAAGUAUUAAAGCAGCCUUUGCCAACUGGUGGCUCAAAUGCAAGAGCGAACGUGUCAACUUGGCAUUGAUAAGAACAUUGCGAAAUCGUUCAAAUCAAGAAACGAAGAACAUCUUCCGAAAGCUUAUCCCCAAGAACGAUCACGUUAAGAACAAAGAUGGACAAGAUCCAUCCUCAGUCCUUACCCUAAGCAGCACAAAACUGACAGAUGAGCUGAAAGUUUGUGGAUAUGUCUGUCAUACAAUUAUUCCAGAGCUCGAUAAGUACUCCCCAGAGAACCAACGGGGAAUGUAUCCAUCGCCGAUCAGCGUUGCCAUCCCAUCUUUUGGAUGGAUAGCUUUUUUAUCCUUUGACUCCAAGACUUCCUUGUCAACGCUAUACAAGGCCCGAUUGCAUAGUCUUGUCGACAACAUCAAAGCAAUUGGAAGGAAUCUGACAGCUAGAGCUAUUCACUGUGGUGAUGGAAUCAUCUUUCUUAGUUCGGAGAGUGGGCCUAUUAAAGUAAUUCAAUUUACAGAGGGAGCAAUCGAUAUUUUGUCUAAAGCGAAGAGAAAAGGUGAUUUGAUUAAAGUUGCCCGUCAACUGAAGCUGUCAACAGAGGGGACUGUUCAAGAACUAAAGAACAGGUUGCAACGUUAUCGUACUUCACUUAAAGCCAAGUACGAACAGAAGAACAUUCAGCUUGAUGAAGUUCAUUUCUGGAAUUCUCAGGCACAACCAUCCUUUGAAUCUAUGUUCUGCCUUGACGAAGAUGUGAUUUAUGCUGCAAGAAAUGACACCAAAGUGAUUGCUUCUUUUCAAGUAGAAAAAGAUGGCGUUGGUCUACGAGGCUUAAACUUGCAAGAAUUCAUAAAGUACGGCAAUUUAUGGAGAAAGAUUUACAGCAUGUGUCUGUGUGAGGGAAAUAUCUUCUUGUCGCAUUGCGAGGGUAUAAGCAAAGUGUCCCUGGAAAGUGCUGAAUCAACCAACAUAUUGCAAAUGACUAACCAUCCCUGUUUCCUGACUGCUCUUGGAUCAGAAGUCUUGUUCACUAAUCAAAUGAAGUCAUCUGUGUGGAAGAUCACGACAUGCGGAGAAGCACAGAUUUUUGCUGGUGUCGAAAAUGAAGAGGGAAGCGUCGAUGGAAAGGUAAAGAAUUGUCGGUUUCGGCAACCGAUCGGAAUUUGCACAGAGUCGGAAAACGUUAUCUACAUCACUGAUGCGCAAACAAAUUCCAUCAAGAUCUGCACAACAGUAAUUGAGUGCGCCAAUUUUCUAGUAUCCAUUGGCAAGCUUUACGAGGCUUUCUCGGUCCAUAGUACAGGCAAAGGUUACACCAUUAAAUCAGCCGACGAAGCUCUCUCGUUAGUCCGCGAUUGUAAAGAGCUGCUAGACAGUAAUUCAGAAGACAUCCGAAUGAGUACUGGUAUUACACGCACUUUGAAUGGACCACAGGGCCAUGUUUCUGCGAAGACGGUAGCUUCAGUUGGAAUGAUUGAAUGGGGGCUGAAGAGAUUAUACAAUAAUAUGAAACCAUUUGAUUAUUCUGCAAUGAAUUUCUUAAGCUGUAUGACUCUGGACAUCGAGAAUUGUCACUCCACGGUUCACACCAAGCAGGCAAACAUGUCUAAGAUGGAAUAUAGUAGGUCUUUUGGAUUGGCAAUGAAAGAAGCUGUAAAACGGGUGACACUAUGGGCGGCAUAUUAUCACACGAGUCGAAAAUCUUGGUAUCCAAAGCCAGAGGAAACACUUAAAUAUUCAGAAUUGCCAACAAUAACACCCUUACCUGUUGUUGAAAUGUCAAGAGCAAGUUGUGACGUGCUUCGGGAUUGGGCUUCAGCAUACGGAGCAGCAGUUCGACAGAGAACAGUACGGCAAGAGACAACUAUGGCAAAGCAUGGCACUCUACCAGAGUUCAUGUAUCAACGUCAUUGUGUCGUCUCGGAACCAGUUAUUAUAUUUUUACGAGAGCCUGGGCAAGCCACCGAGGCAAAUAGAGACAAUAGUGAAUCUGACAACGAUGAAAUACCAGUGGAGGAAGAUGAAUUUUUAGAUGAGUUUGACGAAAGCAGUGACGAGGAGGAAAGACCAGAAGGAACUGACAAUGCCAACAAUUUAAUCAAUUUACAAGGAGAAAUCGGAAGUUCGGCAACCUUCCUGAUAGGAGCUACGUCACGAUUUGGAAGAGCUAUCAGGUUUAACAAUCGCCUUCUUUCGUGA